CAAUUAAUUAAUCUUGAAGCAAGUUCAACCAGAUUCAGCACCAUUAGUUAAUCUUGAAGAUAAGACUUAUGAAGAUGUCAAAGCAGCAGAAUACCAAGAGAUGAUGAAGAAGAGCGAAGAAUUUUGCCCAAACACAAAAGGAAAUGAAGAUGGUUCCAUACAAGAUUGUUAAAGCUCCAAAUGGAGAAGCAUGGGUUGAAGUCAACUCAUGUGUUGCUAAGCUCCAAAUGGAGAAAGUCUACUAACUCAUACAAGAUUGUUAAAGCUCCAAAUGGAGAAAGUCUACUAACUCAUGUGUUGCUGUGAUGGAGGGCAAGAAUCCCAAGGUUAUCGAGAACUCUGAAGGAGCUCGGACCACACCAUCAGUAGUUGCCAUGAACCAGAAAGGAGAACUUCUUGUUGCUACUCCAGCAAAAUGUCAGGCUGUGACGAACCCAACGAACACAGUUUCUGCAACCAAGCGUCUGAUUGGGAGACACUUUAACGAUGCCCAAACACAAAAGGAAAUGAAGAUGGUUCCAUACAAGAUUGUUAAAGCUCCAAAUGGAGAAGCAUGGGUUGAAGUCAAUGGACAGCAGUACGCUCCAGGCCAGAUUGGAGCUUUUGUUAUGACAAAGAUGAAAGAAACUGCUGAGGCUUACCUUGGAAAGUCUGUUUCUAGAGCUGUGAUCACGGUCCCAGCUUAUUUCAAGGAUUCCCAGAGGCAGGCCACAAGGUAUAGACUUAAAUACUUUAGAAAGAAAAAUUACUUUAUUAACUCAAGAACUACAGGAAGUUGGCGACAGAGUAUUUUUACUUGAAAUGGAUGAAAUGCCAGAAUUAGAAAAUAUACCAGAACACGAACAAGCUCAAGCUCGUGAAAAAUAUCAAGAAGAUAUACAGGCAGUUGAUAUUAUUUCCCCAGGAGUAAGAGCACGAAUUAAAAUUGAUGAUUAUUUCAUACAACUCACAGCUUUAGUCGAUACAGGGAGAAAAACUUGUGUGGGGCUUGGCUUGCUACUGGAUUUCGUUGAGUGGCACUACAAUCCACUCAAAACUCGCCAUGUAGCAAGUCUUAAAUAUAAUCUUUUAUCAUUCUUUUAUAUUUAAAAAUUUUAUAAUUAUUUUUUUAACUAAUUAAUAUAUUAUAUUAUAUAUAUUAAUGUUAUGUUU